CAACUUGGGCCCGGCAGAAUGGCUCCCGCGAAGAAGGGUGAUGAGAAGAAGGGCCAUUCUGCCAUCAAUGAGGUGGUGAUCCGAGAAUACCCCGUCAACAUUCACAACUGCAUUCACGGAGUGGGCUUCAAGAAGCAUGCCCCUCAGGCACUCAAAGAGCUCUGGAAACUUGCCAUAAAGGAGAUGGGAACUCCAGAUGCACACUUUGACACCAGGCUCAACAAAGCUGUCUGGGCCAAAGGAGUAAGGAAUGUCUCAUACUGUAUCCAUGUUCAGUUGUCCAGAAAAUGUAAUGAAGAUAAAGAUUUACCAAACAAGCUCUAUACUUUGGUUGCCUACGUACCUGUUACCACUUUAAAAAAAUCUACAGUCGGUGUGAAUGAGAACUAA